CGCGAUUUAGACACCAUGGCCACCGCCCUCGGUCCCCCCGCCAUCUCCUUCCUCCGCCCUACCUCCUCACUGAGCUCGUUCUCCGACUCCGGCUCCGUCCACAACGACCAUGACCACUCGGGUAUACCGCGUUUCCCCCAUACGCGUGCACAGCUCGCUGCCAUCGCCCGUCAGUACAAGCCCGACGGGUAUGGCGAUGCGGAAGGCGACGUGUCCGCCGUCAGCUCCUCCUUCGUAGGUCGCGUGGUCGGGCUGCUCGAUGGCGAACGCGAGGACGACGUGAAGUCCCUGCUCAAGGAUACGUUUGGCCCCAGUAUCCCCGAAGAUGAGCUGGAGCAACAUGUGCUCGAUCUCAUGCACAAGCACAGAGAUGAUAUAGACAAUGUCCCGUUCCUGUUCUUGACCCCCACUCGGCGUCCCAUCUCUCGUCCCUCUUCUCGCGCGUCCACUCAUUCUGCUCGUCUCAUUCCGAACCGUCCGGACACCCCCAACUCUGCCCCCAGUUCCCCGCUCGCUAUGAUAUUCCGGAGGCCCCACACGCCGCUCACUUCUCCCUUGGGCAUACAGGCCCAGUCGAACUCGUAUAUAUCCGCCCGCAGCGAGUCUCCGGGCGCGUCUCCCAUCUUUACACACGCUCAGUUCGCCGUUAGUCUCCCGUCUUCCCCGAUGUCCUCUCCCCGGCUGCUCAACGCGAAAGCUUCAGAGUUCAGACCCAUCCCUAGACCCCUCUCUGCCGCCUCGUCCAACCCCGGCUCGCUCGCGGCUCUCCGCGCGGACACACCGUCCCCGGACAUGUGGGCUCCGCCCUCGCGGCCGACUUCGAAGUUGGCCAUUGCUGCGCCGCUGACGCCGGACAACUCCUUGUUGCCCAGGGCAUUCACUCCGACAUCUUCCUUGCGAUCAUCUAUGCGCCCGGACGAGCAUGACGACGAUGAUGACCCGUUCGAUCCGUUCGCCGCCCGCCCCAUCCCGCGGUCCUUCCAUUCGUCUACCUCGGAUGAGCUGUUGUGGGGCAACUCGCCUAUCUCCAGCUCCUCGCUCUCCGCGGACGAUAUGCCGUUCCACCAUGUCUUCGGGGGAACUAUGGACUACGACACCCCGCCGAAGCAAAAACAGGACGACGACAUGGAUCCCGAGGUCGCCGCAAUGCUAACUGAUGGCAUGACACCCUUCGACGUGCUUAGCUCUGUCUUCGGUGCGACGCUCGCGCCCUCUGAGCUGGAGGAAGCGCUUGCGGCCAACGGAUAUGAUUUCGAACGUGCGAUGACCUGGCUGGUGGACCGCUCUUUGACGAACCACACCGCGCCCUCGCAGCCUAGAGUUCAAUCUGUGGGUAACAGGGUCAUGGUCGUCCAACGUGAUGGUCAAUCCGGGAUUCGCGGCGGGAGGGCGGCAUUCCACGGCCCGCAGGGCCGUAACGGUGGUCGCUUCGUCAAUGGACGUCCAGCCCCAGGUGGCAACCGCGUCUGCAGGUACUUCCUAGCGGGUGAAUGUCUUCGGGCGGAUUGCCGCUUUAGCCAUGACCUUGAACGCGCGCUGUGUCGCUUCUGGCUUCGGGGCACCUGUGCGAAGGGCGAGACGUGCGAAUUCUUGCACCACCUUCCUCAGGAGAUCGAUGUCUCAGGACUCAAUGGUGCCAUGUCACGCAUGGACAUCCACGGAGGGCAGCAAGAGACCAACGCAAGCGCCCCCUUGGACGAGUUCCCGUCCCUCAAUCACGCGAUCGGUAGUAAUAAUAACCGUCGUGGAGGGCAUGGCCUCGGGCGCGGUGAUAGUUCGUUCGAUCCCAGUCGCACCCGGUUUGCAGCUGCCGUCAAGAGGCCCGCUCCCCAGUCGCAGAUCCCGAAGGACCCUGCUACUCUAGCUGCGCGCCGGGAGGCAAUGGGCUCAUCUGCGGAACCGCUGCACCCGAACACUGCUAUCGUCGCGCCUAAGCCGUCGCCUCGCAUCAAGCUCAAGUCGCCCUCGUUGCUGCCUACUCUGCCUACGGGAGAGGCCGUCAACAAACUGUAUAUGACGUACCGUGAGAGGGCACUGCGACUUGGGGCUGCGCGUAACGCGUGUCUUUCUCGUGCAGCAGACGCAUGGCGCCGAGGCGAUGGCGCGGCAGCAAAGCGUUUCAGCCGUGAGGGUCACGACCUGAACGCGAAGAUGGCGGCGGAGAUGGUUGAGGCGGCGGGCAAACUCGUCAGGGAGCGUGCCCGGCUCGCUGAGCAGGCUGCGCGGGCGCGCGACGUGACCUGGUCGGACGACCCUGGUGACCGCUCUGUGCGCGGUCGCGUCUGCGGAGCGGGCCUCGGAAUCACGCUUGGUAUCGCGAGCCAAACCAAUAGCGGCGAGACCAAGUUGACUCCCGAGGAGCGGACGGAGGCGAUGCUCGACCUCCACGGUCUGCAUGCUGCGGAGGCGACCGAGGUGUUGGAGGAGUUCCUUCUUGCGCUGGAGAGGGAAAACUUUUAUGGACUUGCGUUUCUUAUUGUUGGAGAAGAAAAACAUACGGGCACACAAGACCCGUCUCGGGGCGCAUCGAAGACACGUCUUGCGACCGGCGUCCGGGAGUGGCUGCACAUGUGGGGCUAUCCCUGGAGCGAGCGCGACGGCGUUAUUUGUGUCGACCCUCUCACACACGGCUAACCCGCGGACGCGGUUGUGGCUGUGAUGUGCCGGCACAGAAGGUUCAGUGAGACGAGAGAGCGGAAAGAAGGCGCGUGUAGGUUACGGGGAAGUGUAUGCGCAUUGCGGAUGGUUCGCGAACUGGAUUGUACCUGCUAGAGUAUAUCGCUGUUUACUUGGAAAUAUUUCUGUGUACAUGUAUAUAUGUUGAUGUCAACGUCGCUGAUCCCUGCCCAUGAAAUCAAAGAUCGGCCCGC